UCGAUUUUAUCAUACAGAAAAAAAUAUUUGUAUUAUCACGUAUUAUAACUGAUAACAAACUUGUGUCAGAAGAUCACCGUGUUAUCAAUGCAUUAGUAAAUAAUUUUAUCUUUAUAACAGAUUAGGUGUAAUAUCGUUUACAUUCACUUGAGUUUGAUAAAGAAAAAAGUGUCCUAAACCAAUUUUCCUAAAAACCACAAGACCGAAUAUAACUUUAUCACUUUUUGUUUCUAUUCACCACACUGUUUCUAUUCACCCCAUUUGACGGUGUAGGAUGUUAGAACUUUUACAAAUAACAAAAAUUAGCAAACAAUUCAGAAAAAAAUUCUUUUAAUAUCUAUAAGCACACAUGAUGAACUUAAUACAAUUAAAUAUAAUAUAUAUUUAUUAUUUAAAAAUAUUUAACACAGUUUUUUAAAAAAAGUUUGCUAGGAUUACAAAUAGAUAUUGGUACAGUAAAGAUAGCUUAUUUUUUUUUCAGUUAUUAUAAAUGCAGUAAUGCUAGUACUUAUUUUUGUCCGGGAUCAAUCAAGAAGCUGAGAAACGGAACUGUAGUGAUAAUAAAAUCACAUGAGGGCCAUGUUAGUGAGCAAAAUAACUCUCAGCAACUGAUUCAUAAUUUUUGUGAAAUUUUGAAAACGAGGGCAUCUACUGAGAAUAUCUCGUUAAGGAAUUUAUAUGAUGAGGAAUCUAGAAGACAUGUGGUAGCAGCAGGGUUGUACCCAUGGUCAACAGCCGAAUCUCUAAUGCGACAUGCCCGAAGAAGAUCAUUGCCUAGAUUGCCUAACUCACUGUUAGAUUUGGCAACUCUAUUUGACAAUGGCCAGCUAAAUCGGUUUUCUUGUUGCGACUCUCCUUUUUUUAGAGGAUGUGUUAGAGAUGUGGAUGGAAGAAGUAGCAUCAUUUUUGGAUGUAUGAAUUUAAUUGUUAAUGUUCUGCAACAUGGUGUGACAGAGUUACAUGCGGAUGCCACGUUCAAGGUUGUACCUAGAAACAUGGGAUACCAAUUACUAACCAUACAUUGUAUGAUCGAAAACCAUUCCAUACCUAUUGUCUAUAUUCUUAUGGAAAGUAAGUCACGGAAUUCAUACAACUGUGUUAUGCGAUUUGUAAAAGAUAAUCUUUUACCAAACUUAACAGUUGAAGUCAUUAUAACUGACUAUGAGGUGGCUCUGAGGGAUGUUUUGAUUUCAUCAUUUCCAGAAGCCCGUUAUGCUGGUUGCUGGUUUCAUCAUAACCAAGCUGUAUGGAGAAAAAUGAACAGUUUAGGAUACUUACAUCAUCUAAAUACUAACGAUAAUGCCCGUAAGGUAUUGAAACUCCUUAUGUCCCUUCCAUUAUUGCCAGCUAGAGAUAUGGAGAACGGAUUUGUAUUAAUUAGAGCAUUUGCACGAAAUCAUGAUGUCCACUUGGAAAGAUUGCUAAGUUAUUAUGAACGAUAUUGGUUAAGAAAUAUUGGUCCACAAGUUGUGUCGGUUCAUGGACUGCCUCGUCGGACAAAUAAUAACAUUGAGAGCUUCCAUAACGCCUUAAGAUUAAAGUUUUCUGUCGCGCAUCCAAGCUUAUGGGUAUUUAUAGGCACUUUAACUACUUUGAGUUCCAGUUACCAUUUGGUCAAUCAACAAAUUUUGAAUCACUUGCGUCCCACUAGGCAUGUGAGGACCAAGUUUUUGGCUAACUCUCACAGGAUAAAGUAUGCUACAGAGCAAUACCAAUUAGGACAAAUAUCCAUAUGGCAAUUUCUUCUGCGUUGUUCGUAUACCAGCGCAGCUUAUGAAUUAAGGUUGCGAACCUGGGCGUUGAGAAUGAACGAUGCUGAUGUAGAUGAUGAAUCAGACCACAAUGUUCCAGCAGAUGCAGUUCUAGUACCAGAUCACAUUCCCAAUGUUAUUGAUCCACAGCCAGUGGAAAAUAAUAACUUGCAAUUGGAUCUGAAUCAACCGUUUAAUGAUGCACCACGUUCACCGCCAAUUAUGAACCCUCCAGAUUCGCCAGAUGUACCUCAGCCGCCGGACAACAGAAACUUGUGUAUGACAUGCUUGGUAGUGUCUCUAUCUGAUAGCGAACAGCAAUAUAUUGUAUUACCAUGUGGCCACGCAUGGGUGUGUGAUGUGUGUGUAAGGCAGUUGGAACAACAAAACUCUGUAUGCCCAAUGUGUAGAGCAGAAAAUGUAAUUUUUCAACGGGUG